CUCCUGAUGUUAGUGGGAUUCUGCUCUGUCGAUAAAUCCAUCAGGUUUUAUUUAGAGAGCUCUUUUGAAUGCAGUCGGAUGUAACAAAGUGUCUCUCAGAGGUUUAAAUCAACAGGAAGAAAUUAGUGAUACUUGAUUUGAUGACUGGAAUAAAGAAUGAUCUGAAAUGUAGAAGAAACAGACAGAUGUAGUGGAAAAAGUACAUUGUCGGACACAAAACAAUUUAUUCUGACAAUUUGAGAAGUGUGUAAAACAUAAUGUUUAGAAAUGCAUCGAUUGCAGUUUCCUGACUGAAGCUGAUUUUGCUCUUCGCCGAUGCCAGUGUUUUUUUUCUUUUUUCGUUUUGCUUUGUUCUUGAAAAAGUCGCUUAGUCGGCAACAGUGGGUUGACCAUAAUUAAACGCUCACGUUCAGAUGUGAUGCAGUAGGUGGGUCUGUUGGUCAGUCCUCUCUCACAGCAGAUGUCUGAGGACAGCGGUUGACUUCUCAGACAUUUCCAGAGGCGGAUCAGAUCGGCGGAUCAGAUCGGUUUCGCAUGUAAGGCUGAGGCAAUUAAUCGGGUUAAUCAUGAUGAAUAGAUUAUUGAAAUGUCAGCUAAUUUAGUAAUCAAUUAUUAACUGAACAAGAAAAGGACAUUUGCUGAAAGAGGAACAUUCAGAGCAAUAGCAGAAACUCCAAACGUCAAUAUGAAAGUCCGACCCGACACACCGAAGGACCGAUGCUGCUUGGUGGGAAUCUUUUUCUUCAUUCUAGGCCUGGGAACGCUGCUGCCAUGGAAUUUCUUCAUGACUGCCUCACUGUAUUUCCAAAGCCGCCUCAACAACACGGAGCUGAUGAACGGGACGUCGGUCAGGAAGGAGUAUCACUUCAACAACUGGAUGACCUUUCUGUCCCAGCUGCCCCUGCUGGUCUUCACUCUGCUCAACUCCUUCAUGUACCACAGGAUAUCGGAGGCCAUCCGCAUCGCAGGCAGCCUCGUCUUCAUCCUGCUGUUCUUCAUCCUCACCGCAGUCCUGGUGAAAGUGGACAUGGAUGAGGAUCUCUUCUUCUCUGUCACCAUGGCGAUCAUCUGGUUCAUCAACUCGUUCGGCGCCGUUCUGCAGGGCAGCCUGUUCGGUCUGGUCGGCCUGCUGCCGCAGAACUACAGCGCCGUCUUCAUGAGCGGCCAGGGCCUCGCCGGGACCUUCGCCGCCAUCGCCAAUCUGCUCGCCACAGCCAGUGACGCAGACUCUGAAUCUGCAGCUUUGGGUUACUUUAUCACGCCCUGCGUGGGAACUCUGGUCACCCUGUUGAGCUACCUGCUGCUGCCACGCAUGGAGUUUGCUCGGUUUUAUCUGAACAGAAGCAGCAAGUAUGAAAAAAGCGCAACGGACAAGCUGCUGACUGACGGAGCCUCUCUGGAGAACGAGAAGCUAAACGGCCACGCUAACGGCGCGGUGGCCACCGUAGCCCUCAACAGCAGCAGUCGGGUGGAGGCCAAGCUGGAAACCAGUCCAGACAGGAGCGAACAGGCCGACAGCUCUGCAGACAAAGCCUCAGUGAUGGAGGUGUUUAAAAAGAUUUGGGUGAUGGCGUUCUGCGUGACGUUUACAUUCACCGUCACUCUGUCCGUGUUCCCCGCCAUCACUGUCGAUGUCAAAACAGCAUUCCCACAUGGAAAAUGGCAACGCUACUUCAUCGCGGUGUGUUGCUUCCUGGUUUUCAACAUUAGCGACUGGUUUGGCCGGAGCGUCACUACGUGGAUACGCUGGCCUGGUAAAGAGUCUCGUGUGUUCCCGGUCCUGGUGGUCUCCAGGGUGAUCUUCAUCCCCCUGCUGAUGUUCUGUAACGUCGAGCGGCGCACCUACCUGCCCGUCCUCUUCUCCCACGACGCCGCCUUCACCCUCAUCAUGGCGCUCUUCUCCCUGUCCAGCGGUUACUUCGUGUGCCUCUCCAUGUCCUACGCGCCGCAACUGGUGGAGCCUAAAAACGCAGAGACUGCAGGAGCCCUGAUGACCUUCUUCUUGGCCCUGGGUCUGUCCGUCGGGGCCGCCCUGUCCUUUCUCUUCAGGAGUCUGGUGUAGUUCCCAUAGAAACGGCACGGUAACGCACCUCCACGCUCCUCGGAGGAGUGGCUGUCGGUUUGUUUAGAAACGCGUCCAAGAUUGGUUUUCAUUUGAAUCUAAACUGGUUCUGUUCAGCAUGUCGUUACGGUGGAACACAGAAACAUUUGAGGACUUUCAAUCCAGAACAAUCCGUAGAUCAUUCUGAAACCAUGUCAGUUUUAUUUGUUUUCAUCACUUGUUUUAAGACAAAUAUUUUUGUAUUUUUUUUUAAUUUGUACAUUGUCGUUUUGCAAUGAGUGGAACAGGAAGUAUUGCUGAACAAAACCCCCGAAAAAACAGGUACUACAACAGGAUUGCAGAAGCUAAUGUGAUGGUAAAUACUGCCAUCUGGUGGCUACAAUGUGUAUUAAAACGCUGGCAUGUUGCCACAUUGACUAAUCAGUACCAGGAUUGUUUAUCUCUGAUUUUAUUUUCUCAUCACUUUUACUGGUGAGGUGCCUUUUUUAUUUUUAUUUUUUUUUAUGUGUUUUUACAUUCUUUCCCAGCCUGCAGCUUCACAUGGACUCCAUGUGAUCAGCUGCUGGGCUUAUUUCCUGAUUAAAGACCAAGCUUUUAGUUUCAAACUUUCAUUCUUUUAAAUAAAAAAAAAACAAAAAAAAUAAAAAAACAUAACUGUUUUUCCGUACUCAAAAUUCCCCAAUUUUACUUAUUUAUUUAUUUAACAUUUAAGUCUAAAAUCUGAACUUUUUAACUGCUCAGCCAACGUUUGGGUUUUAUCUAGAGAUUCCACAUCUGAGGGGGAAAAAAUGCUGGAAUCUGUUUUUGAUUUCUCUUAAAGUGUUGAAAAUAAAAUGGUUUUUUUUUUUUUUUUUUUUUUCUUUUUUUUUUAAA